GAAACAUAAUCAAAGCAAACUAGCGGAUUGACAGACGGAUUAGAACUGUCAAUGUCAGCUAGCAAAAUUUGUGAUUUGUUCGCGAUAGCUGGCAGGUGAAAAUAUUCGAUUAUUGCGAUUUUCUUUUGAAACAUUGCCAGCGAAGUCUUAACAAUUUAAAACAUUAAACAUCAAAUUCGGCUAGGAAGUGCAUAUUGUUUUGUAGGGUUAAUAAAAAGAUCUUGAAGAAAUUAGACUAAAAAUAUUUUAGUAGUUGAAAAAGUACAAAGAAAAAACGAAGUAAAACGCAAAAAAGAAAACUUUCUUUUCUGCCAUUAAAAUUGGCGAAAGCAAAGCAGCUGUUGGAUUAAGUAGUGACUUUGAAAAAGUGUCAAUAAUAUAGUGGAACCGAAGUAAAAAUAUUUCAGUGCAUUCUAAUAUACUAGAUUCGCCAGGCUGUCGCCGGAAAGAAGCGGUGCAUUCACAACUUGUGGGCGUUUCGUCAUCAUAGCCAGUUAACGCUGCCACCACCGUCGCCGUAACGCAUGACUCGUUACCCACUUCGGGUGGAUGCGCAAUUCAUUUUGCAAUAGCAAGACAACCCAUUAUCAACGUGUAAUUUAUUACUAUAACUACUGUGCAGCAUCCGCAAAUUUCCAUAUUUGUGGUUGACAGUUCCACUACCUUAGUGUGGUCAACCAAUUGUCAUCAACAUGAAGAAGAUCUUUUCAAAAUUCGAUAAAAAUGAAAAAUUGGAUAACUCGCACAAUCACUCCACAUCGAAGGAGACUAACAGUUUUGUUGGUAAAGUAUUUACAGUGGGACGUGUAAGUGUGACCGUGGAAGAUGUGCUCGCUGAAGGUGGUUUUGCCAUGGUCUUCCUCGCUAAAGCGAACACAGGCAAUACAAAAUAUGCGCUUAAGCGUAUGUAUGUGAAUAACGAGCACGACUUGAACGUGGCCAAAAGGGAGAUUCAGAUCGCUAGUAAUCUAAGCGGUCAUAAGAAUAUUAUAGGCUACGUAGACUCGAACAUUACGCACACCGGUAACGGUGUAUGUGAAGUACUGUUACUCAUGCCCUACUGCAAGCAGCACAUGCUGGCCAUGAUGAAUGCAAGAUUGCAGGUUGGCUUUAACGAACAGGAAGUUCUCACCAUAUUCUGUGAUAUUUCAGAGGCAGUGUCACGCUUGCACUACUGUCAAACCCCAAUUAUCCAUAGGGAUUUGAAAGUUGAGAAUAUACUGCAGAAUGAUGCUGGUAAUUUUGUACUCUGCGAUUUUGGCUCAGCCACAGCGAAAGUUUUGAAUCCGCAACAGCAUGGCGUCACUUUGGUUGAAGAGGAAAUCCAAAAGUAUACAACAUUAUCGUAUCGUGCGCCCGAAAUGAUCGAUCUCUAUUCUGGUAAAAGUAUUACAACUAAAGCGGAUAUCUGGGCACUCGGUUGUAUGCUGUACAAACUGUGCUUUUUCAAUUUGCCCUUCGGCGAAAGUACGUUGGCAAUACAGAAUGGUCAAUUCUCCAUACCAGACAAUUCCAAAUACUCAAAAGGCAUGCAUCAAUUGAUUAAAUAUAUGCUCGAACCCGACAUGGAUAAGCGACCGAAUAUUUGGCAAGUGUGCGAAGUCGUGUUCCGAUUGGCCGGCAAAGAGAAUCCAGUACAAAAUUUGCACAAAUCUCCGCCACCAAAUUUCGACCAACUCGUCAUCCCUCCAUUUGAGUCCGAAGCGAAACGCUUAACUGCUGCUGCCGCAUCAAAAACACCUAAGCCCCAAAGUGUGCCGAUCGUCGAGUCCGGUACGAGUGUAGCGCCACGUCAACGCCCGAAAGGUUCCACUGCUGUACAUGGUCCAAAUCCAUUGGGUCUUGGCUUGCCGCCAAGUCCAUCACCACGCAAUAAUAUAACAUCGCCACAGCCACAACAACAACCGAUAGUUGAACAAUUUCAAGCGAAUUUUCCACAAUUGGCACCGCCAGUCGCGCCACCACUACAACAACCGACAGCAACAACAACCGUGUCUGCAGCCACAGUGGUCAUGCCGGCAACAACACCACAAACCUCUGCUAUUGUAGUUGCCGCAUCUCCCACAGUUGCACCACCACCACCACCACCAUCACAACUAACACAACAAACUGUCAACCAAACCGGUAUCACCAACACUGCAACAAUUGCAGCACAACAGCAACAACAGCCGCCAACUGAAGUGCUGAAUAGCCUCUUUGAGUCGUCGGUAUAUCCAGAUCCGUUUAGUGAGAAUGCACCGAUAGCAAUGAAAAAUACAACUGUAGACACAGUGGCAUGUAGCAGUGGUCUGGGUGUGGGUGUGGGUGUGGGUCUGGGCCUGGGCGUGGGUGGGCUGGGCGACGGUUUGGAUAAUAUAGCUGUGAGCUCUUUGUCAGCACAUCAUACAACUGUCGGCAACACACCAACAAAGAGCAGUAUGCUGACUGUGUCGGGCGUGGGCCCAAGCGCUGGUAGCAGUGGCACCUCUGGACAUCGACGCAAUGUUAGCGAUACGUCUGCCUUUAAUAAAACUUUUGCCAACGAGACUUCUCAAUUUCUGGCGCCCUAUGAUCAUUCGGUCAAGAGUCGUGCGUCACACGCGAACGAUGCCAAUGGCGGCGGUGGCGAUGACAGCUUGCUGGUCAAUGCAAUGGCCAAUUCUGGCACGAAUUAUGGUGGCUCGAAUCCAGGACUCUUUCUACCAGCAGCACAAACGCUGCAUAUGCAAGGCCAAGGCGCCGCCGCCAUGUCGGCGUCAAUAUCGAAUGCUGAAUUGACAAGCGCUCAAGCGUUACGUAGCAGCAUAGAGACUAAUAAUAGUUUGGCACAUACAAUCGUCGAUGCUGUGGCUGCAAAUCAUGCCAGUGGCAGUUCAUUAGGUAAACGCAUCGAGGCUUGGAAUCCAUUUGAGGAACAGCCGUUCGGACAAAUGACAGAAGAUCAUAUAUUCGAAGCAGAAUUUGAUAAGAUACGCCAGCGUGGCAGUCAAGGAAGUAUCACAGCUAAGUCGGCAUCGACUACUUCAACUCUAACGCCUACUGAAGGUUAUGCGACAAGUAUGCCUGCAACGCAAACGCAAACAACGUCGCAACAACAACAACAACAACAAACACAACUACCGGUCACGGUCACACCGUUCGGCCCAACAGUUGCCGGCGGCGGCUCGGUUACAGGUGGCGGCAGCGGUAGUGUCAAUGCCGUCGUGGCACACAUACCCGAGGAUCCAUUCGGCUCGGCGCCGUUCAGCUUGCCGGCCGGAUUGCGCGAGAAAGCAACAACGCUGCGUAAAACUGGAGCUAAAUUUAUCGUCACCGGUGGUCCUUCGGCAUCCAUGGCUUCGUCUAGUGGCGGCGCGAGUGGCAACAUAACGGCGGCAUGUGGAACUACAUCAUCGACUGCUUCGUCUAAAUGGUUGCUAUCACCCACGCUCGAAGUGUCGAGUGAAGAGAAAACUUCUUUGAUAAAUAAUCUCAAAACCGAUUCGGAAGGUGGCGCUGACGGUGCUUUAGGUGAUGCACUACAUUGUAUUGGUGGUGGUGAUGGCGAUUCUGUGGCCACCUUGGCUGGUGUAGCAUUGCCGAGUGGUAAUUUUGUCAAACUUCCAUUAGAGGAUCGUAAUAAGUAUGAGAAAUUGCGUAGUAAUGAUAAUCCCACUUCGGAUGAUUCCGACUCGGAGUAUUUUCAAGAAGACUAUGGCAAUACGACUGGACCUAGCAGCACAAAAGCGAUUUUCAAACAAAUUGUCACCAACAACAUACCAGAUACUAUACAUAAGAUACAGCAAGCUGCUUAUCACAAAGUCGAUAAGACACAAUUAAAAGUGCCUAUUGUUAAGAAAUUACGUCAUUCCACUAAAAAACCGACAACGGCCGCCCAGCAGGCUGCUCAACAAGUGAACGCCGCCUUAGAGCAACAUGAACAACAGCAACAGCAAGCGGCUGCAAUUGCUGCCGCUGCAGCAGCAGCUUCGGGUGAUAAGUCGGAUAGCGAAGAUUCGAUCGGUUCUGCAAGUGAUUUGCGUGCCGAAGAUGAUGACUUUUUCGACGAGAACGAUUUGCAAACGCGCAAUACAAAACUACGCCGCCCCGUCAUGGAUAUGGACGGUAUAAGUGAGAGCGUUAAGACGUGUAGUUCAUCGGCUUACCAUGCGGAAUGUGAAAGUGUCACUACGCACGAAGAUGAUGUUAGUCGUGUGUUGGUGAAGGUACGUUUGCGUAAGAAGGAUCGCACUGCGGCCGCUGUGGCAGCAGCUGCUGAAGCGAGCGGCAUUACAACGCGCGAAGAUGAAAGUGAAUUGAGUCCGACAUCUAAUGAUUUUCUCAAUAAAUUCGGCGAUAAACCAUUAUUGCUCGAUGAUGAGUUAGAUUAUGGUUCUGGUGAUUCCGAUUCAAAAGGUAAGAGUAGCAAUGAGACGGAAGAAUCGCCGGAAAAUGCGCCAUUGCCGAAUUUAGCCUCAAACAGCAAUAACCAACCGGAGGAGUUGGAUGUGUUUGCGAUGGCGCCGUUUAAGAUGCCCGUGGGUUUACCUUUGAAAAGACGUACUUCUAAAAGUCAACGUUCGCUGCCCAAAGUGCCGGCGCGAAAUCCGCCGAUGCAAUCGCAUUCCGUUGAAAUUUGGACAUCGACGCCAGUAAAAAGUGUCGAUAAACGCACCAACUCAGUGGAUAAUUUUGCUAACUUUCCUUCGGGUCCGUCACCGCAAUUGGACGAAUUUAAUGAACCAUUUUUUAAUCCAUUUGUCGAACCGAAAAUUAAUCCGAAUACAGUAAUACCCAAGUCUCAUGUACAAAGUUCGUCCAAUUUUGGCACUGUCACCGUUAUAUCGACCGCAACAGAAGCGACCAAAGAACCUACUACUGCAAAGCCAAUAGCAGCAACAAAUUUUGUUGCGAAAUUUCCAGCAACGGAGCGACCGAUGAUCGAGUCAAAGCUGCCAGCUAGCGAAGUGUCUGCACCAGAACAAGAUCUCUUUGGCUCCGAACCAUUUCCACAGGUAAUUCGUAAAUGCAUAAUUGUGAACCCAAUAGAAGGUGUCAAUGACAGCGUUACAAGAAAUAAAAAUAACAAUAAUAUUGUGCAAAUAAAACAAGUUCAAACAACGGCACUCAAUCCUAUGACUCAAACUCAAAAUCAACAUUCCGGUUUGACAACCAUUCCAACGGUCUUUGGCGCACCAACAAUUCCACAGCCCAGUGGCCCGGCGCCACAACUUGUUACAAUCAACCAUUCAAUAAUUAUCAACAAAACACCCGAACCAUUGCCGAACUCCUCACUGCAAUACCGCAAUAAUAUCAAUUCAAUUCAAUUCAAUGCUUCCACAACAGCACCUCCAUUGAGUCUAACAACAAGUGGUGGCGCAACUAGCGCCUAUAUAAAAUUGCCUGCAACUAUAGCAACGAGCGCAAACAAUAUUACCACCGCCAAGCAUGUUAAUAUCAGUAUUCCCCCGCCUAAUGUUGCCGCCAUCAAUGUACCCGCUUCCAAUGCCGCCAUCGCCGCCAUGCACAAGCCAAUACUCAAAGCGAACGCUCAUGCUACCAGCACACACGGUGGCAUCGUACUCAAUAUACCAAAUAGUAUGUCCCAUUCCGUUUCCUCCACCACAUCUGCCAGUAAAACAGCGCAAACGCCUAGUAAUACUUCCAUCGGUGGCUCAUCCAGCAUGAUUACGCAUUUAAAAAUGACCGAUCAUCAGUCAUUGUUUCCAAUUGCCGAUAAUGGUUUUGUACAAAUCUCUCAAGAUCGUUGUUCGGACUUUGCCACAGACGAUGAGGCGGAGCCGGUGGUUCCGCAUGGAUCGCAUGCUGCCGACAUGGAUGCAAUCACACCAGCAACAACAGCAUCCACGUCAGCUGCGACAACAACGAUCCUCAACAGCGCCCCUCUCACCACAACAAAACCAAAAAAGGAAAAAUCCCAUUUGGGUGUGAGAACACUGCCGGCUAAAAUCACACAAAAAGUCAAGGGACACACAUACAAAAAAGUUGUCUCCGCAAGCGUACUCGGCUCAACCUCAUCACUCACUUCUAGCAGCAAACAGAAACAUCAACGUCUACAGAGUCAAUCGCAAGACGAUGACGACGAUGAUGAUGACGACAUCAAUGAGGGAAAAUAUAAAAAUCGCUCAACAACAAACAUCUCAACCAACAGUUCCACAAAACAUUCCAAAUCUACAACAAGUGCUGGCGUUGGCAGCAACGCCAAAGGCACAAGUGCCUCAGCCAAUGCGGCGAUGACCAGUAGCUUCCAAUCGAAUACAAUACAAAAUUCAGCGAAAACCGGCUUUAGCAAUAUGAGUUUCGAAGAUUUUCCAUCCGAUCAAGAGAUAGAUCGACUCUCUAAAACCAUACCAUUCGAGGUGGUGCGCAAUGAGAAAAUGUUGCUGGAAGCCGAAAAGAAAUUCGGUUCGUUGAAGCGACGCAAUAAUCUAUUCUCCUAGAAGCGAAUUGCCGAAACGAAGCGAUCGUUGAAACGCGAAUUGAAACAAGUACUACAUAAAGUAUUGAAAAAUUCCAAGGAGUAAAUAAUGAAGUCAAUUAAUAGUGAAUGUUUAUAGUAUAUCUAAAUAUCUAGGUGCAUAUACCUACAUAUACCUAUGUAGUAUUAAGUGUAGAGUUAUAUACAUGUGAGAUAUAGGUGUGAAACGCAAGCAUAUGUGAAUUGCUGAAAGAUAAUGGAUAUGAAAAGUAAUAUUUACAACAUUUUCUAAUGAGUAGUAGGCAAAAAGGCGGAAAUGAAAUGAAUUAGGGCAUUCAUACAAUGUCAUAAAAUAUUCGUAUUUGAAAUUGAAUUUUUAAUUUAGUAUUGAUAGUAGUAUCAAGUAAUAGUAACUCGUAUAUAAGUUUCGAAUAUAACGCAACAUUCAACAUAAAAACUGUUAUCACCCGAUAUGAAAGGGCUAUUUUAUUCGUCGAACACAUAUAUUUUUUCGAAUUUGUAUUAUUUACUUUGGAAAAAUAGUUUUAUAUGACUAGUACGCGUUCUGUAACGUUUUUAUGACAUGUUGUGAAUCCCCUUAAUGAUAGCGGAAAACUAUAAUAUUGUUAUUAACUUAAUAUUAGAUUUAUAUAUUGAGCGAUUACGCAUAUUUCAAAGCGUUUUUGCUACGAACGGUUUAUGUAUAUUCGAACGAAGUUCAAGAAAAUUUAAAAAUUAAGUACAUGCAAAUACAUAACUGUUAUACAGAUAUACACAUACAUACAUAGAUCCACAUAUAGUUGCAAACGUUUGAAUUUGUUGAAGAGCAUUUCAAUCAUACAUACAUAUUCAUAAAGGUUUUAUAAUACACUUUUGUAUUUUUUAAUUAUUAUUACCAUAAUAUGUAUUACAAUUCAUUUUAUAACUGCAGCAUUUUGACUGUUAGAAGUUUUCUAAUGUCUCCAUAAGGAAUAUUUAUGUAUAAAUCGAAGAGAGCCAGUCGAAUAUGGCAGCUUUGUUAAAAGCGAAAAAGUGUAUUUAAAUUUAUAUUUAAAUCAAUAAUAUAAUAUGUAUAUUUCACUAUUAUUUAUUAAUAUUCAUUAUUUUUAUUUACAACUAACAAUUUUUCAACUAAGAAGUAAUAAUAAAAAAGCAAGAAUAUUCACAUUAAUAGUUACACAUACAUAUUUAAAACAGGAAAACAGGUGUAACUGUAAUUCUAAUAGUUUAAUAUAGGAAAAUUAGAUAAAUAUUAUUUAAAUUAUUAAUUUGCGCAUUUUUAAUUUUUUCAAAUUCAUGAACUAAAACAAAAUAAAAAUUGUUUGUUUUUUUUGUUAAAUGCAUAACAUUAAAAUAAAGUUUGUUUCUCGAAAAAAACGUUUAGAUAUUUAACUUCAAAAUAUUUAACUUGUAAAUCCUAUGCGAAUACUAAAGAGUGUAGUAACAAAAAAAAGUAUUGCAGACGUUUUUAAACAAAUUCGAAUUGGGCGGUUGUAGCAAUUAUACUUAAUAACUCCUAAACUAAUUACCAAAUUUGUAUAAAUUUUUUAAAAUUAUGUUUUAUUUUUGAUUGCUUUUUAUUCACUCACCUUUCUUAAAUGCAUACCAAGUCAACAUAGUGAAUUGAAAUCUAAAAACAAAGAUAAUAUAUAUUUUAAGGCAUCCAUAAACACAAGUAUGGGUUAGUAUUUUUAUUUAUAUUACUAUUUGUUAAUGGUAAUAUAUGUGGAAAGUUUUGCUAUAUCAAUGCGUUUCGUAAAAUAAAUAAUUUUAUUAUUUUAGAAAACAAGUAUCAGCACAUAAACUCGAAAACUUCUCGUUACCUAAUCAUUUUUUAGAGUAUUAUUAAACAAUUGAAGCAGCAAUAUAGAAUAUUCUGGCAAAUUGCAUUAACAAAAAAAUUAAUUCAUCUAAUGAAUGAGUAUAUUGAAACAUGAAUAUAUACACAAAUGAAAAGAUACAUUCACAUAUAGAAAAAACUAUUGUAUUUAAGAGAGCUUUUAUAUAUAUUGUAUUGUAUAUCUACACACAUACCUAUGUAUAUUGUAUAUAUAAUCUCGUUUAUGCUAUUUACGGUAAUUAAUUUAAAUAAAAAUAAUUUACGUGCAUAUAAAUUUAUUUAAAGAAAGAACAAUUUCGUUUUAACAAUAAAAAAGAAAGAAAGUAAAAGCAACAAAAAAGCAUUUAAAAAUUUAUUUUUAGUUUUUAGAAGUAUGGAAGUGUACACAAUAUUUGAUUCCCAUUCUUUGCCGUUAUAUAAUAAUUACAUAUUCCUGUUUUCUUUAUUUAUAUCAUAUUCAAUCUGCUUUACCAAAAUUACUUUAUAUAAAUCCUAUUAGAAUUAUGCUUGCAGUGAUUUCAUUCGCGUAUCAUAAUUGCUGUACGAGUUUUCAUAUGAAAUUGUAAAAAAAAUUUAAAUAAAAAUGAAUUUAUUAUUUUGUGAUAAGUUAUACAUAUAAAUGGUAUGUGUAUGUACAAUAUUAUGCUUGCAUAAAGCAAAAUGAAAUGUUAUAUUUAUUUAUAAAAAUGUAAAAGAUUAAACAAAAUUAACACACUUUCAAAGAGUUGAAAUUCAAGCAACAUUGUAGUCAGUCGAAAAAGUGCAUAUAUAUUUUUCAAUUUUGAAUUUCUUUACCCAUUUUCUCGACAUGUAUGUAUGUAUUUAUAAAAAAUAUUUAUGAAUAAAAUUGUAUAUCGUUAAAACACAAAUAUAUAUUUUUAAGCUUGCUAUUAUAACCACAAAAAUAAAUACACUUAUACAUAUACAUACAUAUGUGCAUAUAGAUUAUUGUUUCCAUUAUACAUACAUAUGUAGUACUCAAUGACCAGCUGCACAUUGAAAUGUCUUUGUCCUCAACAAAUUUAUACUUUUCGCUGCGUUGCUAUCUAUAAUUAACAAGUUACAUAUAUAUUUAUGUUAACACGUGUAUUGUAAUAUAUACAUAAUACACUGCACUCUUAUACAAUACAUAGAUGCCUACAAUAAAUUAUGAAUAAAUGCCAAAACGAAAA